AUGCAAGCCCAUUUUUAAGAGAAGAAAGCUCUAGCUGACAUCUUUGGUCAAAUAAAAGAUGUAGAUGAGCAAAUUUUUGGUGUCAUAUUAGAAAAAUUAAGAAAGGAAAAAGUUUAAGACAUCAUUGGAUAUCUUUCAGAUAACGGGGCUCAAAGCCAAUUAGAAUCCUGUAUCUUACAAAAAGGAGAGAAUAUAACCCAGGCUGAUAAAGAAUGGAAAUUGCCUGUUGUCAGAAAUGAAAUCAGAUAAAUCACAGAAGUCUUAAGAAAAUUAAAAGACCAUGACUUCAAUAAGAUAAACUAUUCCUCUGAAGAAAAUUUAGAAUCUUCAUUAAAUCUAAUUAAUAGCGUCAAGUAUAAUAAAUAGAUCAUAGAAUUUCUUAAAUGUUUAGUUCACUUCACAUCUAUAGAUGACACUUUAAUAUAAUGUGGGUCUAAUUCAUUACAUAUAUUAAUUUAGAUGAAGGUGAAUUUUAGAAAAAAGAAUUUGGAAAAUAUUAAGAUCAAAAAUACUUCUUUGGUAGGAGCUAACUUUGUUAAGUCCAAUUUUAGCGGAUCCUAAUUUAAUAAUGUUAACAUAAGUGGAAUAAAUUUGAAUGGAGCAAAAUUAUUAAAUUGUAAAUGGAAAGAUUUAAGAAUCCAUGAAUUAAAUAUAUUACAUGGUCAUAGUGAUGAAAUAAGAUCGAUUUGUUUUUCUUCUGAUGGAAACACAUUAGCUUCUGGUGGUGGUUAUCUUUAUGGAGAUGGUGAUAACUCUAUUCGUCUAUGGGAUGUCAAAACUGGAUAAUAAAAAGCCAAAUUAGAUGGACAUACUAGCACUGUCAACUCACUCUGUUUCUCUCCUAAUGGAAAUACAUUAGCUUCUGAAUAUGAUAAUGGCUCUGUCUUAUUAUGGGAUACUAAAACAAGAAAGAAAAGAGCAAAAUUAAAUGGCCAUAUUGGCAAAGUCUUCUCGGUUUGUUUCUCUCAUGAUGGAAAAACAUUAGCUUCUGGUAGUUGUGAUAAGUCUAUCCGUCUAUGGGAUGUCAAAACAGGAUAAUAAAAAGCCAAAUUAUAUGGUCAUAGUGAAUGGGUCUAAUCAGUCUGUUUCUCUCCUGAUGGAAAUACAUUAGCUUCUGGUAGUAGUGAUGAGUCUAUCCGUCUAUGGGAUGUCAAAACAGGAUAAUAAAAAGCCAAAGUAGAUGGUCAUUUUGGAAUUGUCUACACAGUCUGUUUCUCUCCUGAUGGAAAUGCAUUAGCUUCUGGUAAUUAUGAUAACUCUAUCCGUCUAUGGGAUGUCAAAACAGGAUAAUACAAAGCCAAAUUAGAUGGUCAUUUUGGAAUUGUCUAAUCAGUCUGUUUCUCUCCUGAUGGAAAUACAUUAGCUUCUGGUAGUAGGGAUAAGUCUAUCUGUCUAUGGGAUGUCAAAACAGGAUAAUACAAAGCCAAAUUAGAUGGUCAUACUAGUUAUGUUAGAUCAGUCUGUUUCUCUCCUGAUGGAAAUACAUUAGCUUCUGGUAGUGAUGAUAAGUCUAUCCGUCUAUGGGAUGUAAAGACAGUAUACGAAAUUAAAUCCUCCAAUAAAAACUAAAAAGAUAUUCUUGCAUAAUUUAAGAUUCCACUCCAAUAACAUAACCAUUUUUUCGAAGGUAGUAUUUAUUCCCUAUCAUAUUUUUAGCCUAAUCCGCUAUAAUCUAAGCAUAAGGAGCACUCGUUCUCAAAGGAGAAUUCAUCAAUCAUCAAGGCACUGAUUUGAGACCUUUAUUGAAAUCCAACGGAAGUUGCUUUUUAGAAGACUUAUAGAAAAAGUGA